AUGACGGUGCCGUCACCCUAUGCCCUGCUCCCACUCACCAUCUUUGAUGAUGCUUGGAGUCCGACUAACUUUGCAACCGGAUGGCUAGUGGAAGGAAUCAUAGACGAGAACAAGCUCCGCACUGCACUCAAUGCUCUUACUCUCAAAUGGAGGCUUCUCUCUGGAAGAUUGGAGAAAGUGAAUGGUGAUACGUACACAAAGUGGCUUCUGAGAGUCCCUCUGGGAGACUUACCGCCCGACUACGCCACGUUUUCUCUGACUUCGCGCGUCUCUGAAGUACCGCUAUCACGUUAUGUCACCCUUCCCCUCCCUCCAGUCUCCCCUUUCCCUCCAGGCGACGUCUUCAUACAUUCGACUAUGCCACACGACAGCGAAGGUUGGGCAGCGCAGAAGGCUCCUCUCACCUUCUGGCACCUCACGUAUUUCCAUUCACGCGAUAGUUCGGACUCAAGCCCAUCCUAUACCUGUAUUGGCUUCACUUGGCCACAUGGCAUCUUCGACGGCGUGGGCGCGUCGCUUGUUCUUCGGGCUCUUGAUGACGAGCUACAUGGCAGAGAUUGGACAGUGCCAUUCACUCUGUCGGAAGGAUACAACGAAAACCCGCUGCAGCGCGUGCUCGAUGACUCGAGCACACAGUCAGGUGCCGAGAUCGCAAAGUACAAGGGCAUGUGUGCGGUUCCGUGGUGGAUUGCCAUCUUCGGUCUGCUCUGGUGCGCUUGGGAGACGUGGUGGCUCAAAGCGCAGUAUCGACUUAUUGUCGUUCCAAGAAAUGUCUACCAGCGUCUCGCGGACGAUGUUCGCGUACAGCUCCAGGAGAGAUAUGGGUCAACGCUUGAAGUUGAUCCGUCCAAGAUCACAUCGAGUGAUGUGCUGACGGCAUUUUUGUUUAAGGCUCUGUACGGGGUAGGCGCUCGUCCUGAUUUGAAGAUCAACUGCACGUACUUCAUAGAGUUCCGCAAGCAAAUCUCCACCGAUGCCUUUGAUUUCGCGAAGUUUCCGCACAACAGCUUUGUACCACUAUCACACCCAAUCACGACGGUUUCGUCGCUCCGCGAAACCUCACUGGCAGACCUUGCUUACACGUUUGCCCGGUCACGGCUAUCUUUCGACUCCACGCAGGUCUUCUCUGCUUAUCACUUUCUCCGCGAUCUGUCAACGAAGAAAGGGUUCUUGUUCAAUCCCGCGCAUCCUGAUGUGGACGAAGCUCUGAUGGUCUCCAACGUCUCGGCUCAGCGUAUUGUUGAGUUCGACUGGACAUCACUCGGUGCCGGGCGCACUGUUUCUAGCUAUCGCAUCAACUCGUCUCGUCUUCCUGUACGGUUCUCCCGGUUGCUCUCGUUGGCGGGAAGACUUGCGGAUGGGAGUGCGCUGAUUGAUGGAGUUCUCACAGAGAGAUCGUGGGAUCAUGUACAGCGCGAGUUCGAGCAACUGAUCACCGAUUAUUCGUAGAUAUCUUCGCUCACCUAUUGCCAGAUACGAAUGAGGUUUCCCAUAUACUAAAUAGCUCCUUACGUUGAGUCGACAGCGUGUUUCAAGUGUAACACUACGCACAUACUGUACUUUGCCCCCACGCAUCUGCCCUCGCGUGCACCUUGUGCUCAAAAGAGGCAGCACGAUUAACAGUUAGGUAAGAGUUGAAGUAGACGCGAACGGCUU